CGUCAUCUCCCUCACGCUCACUCCCACUUCCACACUCUCUGCAAAACCCUACUGUGCUGAAGAUGCCAAUCGCCAUUGAAGCGGUAGAGCUCCUGAGCUCUGCAUAGCUCGCGGCUCGUGUCGGUGGAAGCAGAACUGAGGAAGAGAGACCGACGGUGGACCUGUAGAAAUGGCGGGGAUUAUUCAGGCGCCGGAAGUAUUCGGGAUCACGCCACACAAGGUAUCAGUGUGCGUGCUUCUCCAAGUCUACGCGGGUCCCAACCGAGCCUGCGUUCCGUACCCUUUCUCCACUGUUUCGCAGCACAACCGCCUCGGCCUGUUCCUGUUGGCCCACACUAAGUCGUGCGAUGAUAUUGUAGAUCCGAAAUUAGAAGACCUUAUCAAUCAAUUGAGGACGAUCUUUAGCUCGUCGGCGGAUUGGUUACUUGAUCACUUGACCAGCAGGCUCUCUUCUCUAUCAUCGCCGGACGAUUUGUUCAACUUUUUCGCGGAUAUGAGAGGAAUCCUUGCGGGCUUUUAUGAUGGUGUAGUUGAAGAUGGUCAGAUUAUCCUAGAUCCAAACAGCAUUUUGGGUAUAUUUCUUCGGCGGUGCAUACUUGCCUUUAACCUCUUACCUUUCGAGGGCAUAUGUCACGUGUUGACAAACAUUGACUUCUAUUGUAAAGAAGUCCUCUCGGGUUGUGCUUCUUAUGAGGCUGCAUUGGAUGACUCUGGUCAUGAUCUGGAAGCAACAUCAGAUUACGAAAACAUGGAUCUGGAAAAACUUGUCUAUGAGAAAGUCACAGAAGAGAUUGAGGCCAAGAGAAGGGCUGGUGAAAAGAUUCCUUUCCAUCUUCACACACCCACUACACUUAUUGGCUUGGUUGAAGAUUUUAACAUUUCUGCCAAGGCAAAGUUCAAAGAAAGCAGCAAAGCAAAGGAGGCUUCUCCAUAUGCAUUUUGUGUUGAUGAUUCACUCAAAGAUAUGGAUGGUGUAUUUCUACGUUCUAAUUGGCAGAUACAAGGAUUCUUGGCUGAGCAAGCUGAUGCAAUUGAGAAGCGUGGCAGUUCCUUUUCUUUGAAUGCUUUUGAACUAAUGUUGAGGCAACUUGAAAAGCUAGCACCUGAGCUGCAUCGUGUACACUUCUUGCGAUAUUUAAAUAGCUUAUAUCAUGAUGAUUAUACUGCUGCUUUGGAGAAUCUUCACAAAUAUUUUGACUCUAGUGCAGGGACAGAAGGAUUGGAUGUUGCUUCACCCUGUGUGAUCAAUAAUCAUGGAAGAUUUGAGGUUGCUUUAUUAUGUCAGGGAAUGUUGCAUUUUCACUUUGGACAUCCAAAGCAAGCUCUGGAGGUUUUAGCAGAAGCGGUCCAAGUCUCUCAGCAGCAUCAUAAUGAUAGUUGUCUGGCAUAUACCUUAGCAGCCAUAUGUAAUCUGUUAUCCGAAAUUGGCAUAUCAAGUACCAGUCCGUUGCUUAGAUCGUCCUAUUCCCCCAUCGCCCGCAUGGGAACAUCAUUCUCAGUGCAACAACAGCUAUUUGUGCUAUUAAGAGGAUCUCUUAAACGAGCCGAAAGCUUGAAGUUGAAACGACUGGUUGCUUCCAAUCAUCUCACUUUGGCUAAAUUUCACCUAAUGCAUGUGCAGAGACCACUUCUGUCUUUUGGGCCAAAAGCUUUGAUGAAGCUCAAAACAUGUCCAAUCAAUGUUUGCAAGGAAUUGAGGCUGAGUUCUUCUUUGAUUACUGAAUUUGGUAGCGAAAAUUCCGUAAUGACAACUGAUGGUGCACAAAGCACUGCAUGGUUGAAGAACUUACAGAAACCUAUUGGUUCGUCAGUGUUUCUUGAAGAAACUAUAUCUGGAAAUAGACCUUACGCAUCCAGUUUCUUUGCACAACCUAGUUCCAUUCCAGGAUCAGUAUUGCAACAUAUUGGUUCUUUGCAGUUGGUCCGUGCCACUGCGUGGGAAAUAUACGGCAGUGCACCUCUUGCUCGGAUUAAUACUCUGGCUUUUGCAAAUUGCUUUGCUGAUCAUUCAAGUUCAGCUGAUGCAGCAUUGGCGUAUGGGAAGCUUAUCGUGUAUUUAGCUACCUACAAAGGAUAUAAAGCUGCUUUUGCCGCUCUUAAGAUAGCAGAAGACAGAUUCUUAUCAGUUUCGAAGUCGCAAAUGUUGACAGUGAAACUGCAACUGCUUCAUGAGCAUGCUUUGCAUCGAGGACAGUUAAAGGUGGCCCAACAAGUAAGCAAUGAACUUGGUGUUAUGGCUUCACCCGUCACUGGUGUCGAUAUGGAUCUGAAAACAGAAGCUAGUCUUCGUCAUGCUCGUACAUUGCUGGCUGCAAAACAAUUCAGCAAGGCAGCAGCUGUUGCACACUCCCUGUUCUGCAUGUGUUACAAAUUCAAUCUGCAUGUUCAUAAUGCCAGCGUUCUUCUCUUGCUAGCAGAAAUCCACAAGAAAUCAGGCAAUGCUGUUUUAGGUCUCCCAUACGCACUGGCGAGCCUCUCGUUUUGCCAGUCAUUGAACUUGGAUCUUCUUAAAGCAUCUGCUACUUUAACUCUGGCUGAGCUAUGGUUGUGUCUGGGAACAAACCAUGCCAAAAGGGCUUUAGCGCUCAUUCACUCUGCUCUUCCCAUGAUUCUUGGUCAUGGAGGUCUGGAGCUUCGUGCUCGAGCCUGUAUUGCAGAAGCAAAGUGCUAUCUCUCUGAUCCAAGUUUUUCAGUUUCUAAAGACCCCGAGAUGGUGCUGGACUCUCUGAGGCAGGCUACUGAGGAGCUUCAGCUCUUAGAGUAUCAUGAAUUGGCGGCUGAAGCUUUCUACCUUAUGGCUAUCACAUACGAUAAGUUGGGGAGAUUUGAGGAGAGGGAAGAAGCUGCAGCCUCAUUCAGGAGCCAUAUCAAAGCUCUGGGAAAUCCCCAAGAUGAGGUGAAUCACGAACCUAUGUAGAGACUAGAGACAGCUGAGUAGCAUCGCGGACUCGGCACUAAGUGGCGGCUGUUGCCGUUACCGACUAUUGUUUGGCAUAUAGAUAAUCAUAGAUGUAGAGACUGCCAUAGCUAUAAUCUUAAAUGUAGAGGCUGCCAUAGCUACCCUUAAUAUUUCGGACGCAUUUUGCUAUUGAAGUUUUAAGUAUUUAUCGGGUAUUUCCAAUUUAUGUGCGGUUCACAAGAAAA